UCAAUCCAGUGCCGCUUUUCUGGAGUGUAUUCAAGUGUGCUAGCUACAUGUUGCUUCUGUUUUUACCCAAUAUUUCAUAAACUCUUGUGUUCAUCAUGCCGUAUGCCAAUCAGCCGACAGUGAAAAUCACAGAACUCUCAGACGAGAAUGUCAAAUUUGUCAUCGAGAAUACAGAUUUAUCGGUUGCGAAUUCUAUCAGACGCGUUUUUAUGUCAGAGGUUCCGACUAUAGCAAUUGACUGGAUCCAAAUUGAUGCCAACUCUUCUGUUCUCCACGACGAGUUCAUAGCCCACAGAGUCGGUCUCAUCCCCCUUACAAGUGAUGACAUCGUGGAUAAGAUGCAAUACUCCAGAGACUGCACAUGCGAUGACUUCUGCCCUGAAUGCUCUGUUGAGUUGACCCUUGAUGUUCGCUGCACAGAAGACCAGACACGACAUGUAACCUCCAGGGACGUUUUAUCCACCAACCCACGUGUGAUACCUGUGACCUCAAGGAAUCGUGACAACGAUCCCAAUGACUAUGUAGAACAGGAUGACAUCUUACUUGUCAAACUUCGAAAAGGUCAAGAAUUGCGUCUCAGAGCAUUUGCUAAGAAGGGCUUUGGAAAAGAGCAUGCCAAGUGGAACCCCACCGCUGGGGUGGCCUUUGAGUAUGAUCCUGACAAUGCGCUCAGACACACUGUCUUCCCCCGUCCAGAAGAAUGGCCAAAGAGUGAAUACUCAGAGAUUGAGGAAGAUGAAGUGCAAGCUGCUUAUGAUCCAAACGGCAAACCAGAUAGGUUUUACUAUAAUGUGGAGUCCUGUGGUUCCCUCCGGCCAGAGACCAUAGUGCUGUCUGCCCUGGCCGGUCUAAAGAAGAAACUGAGUGAUCUGCAGACACAGUUGAGCCACGAGAUCCAGAAUGAUGUACUCACUAUCAACUGAAGAAGUCUGUUAUGCAGUUAUGCAGCAUGUGUGUAUUAUUUUGAUAUAUAGAGUCUUUACCUCCAAGACAUGAAAUACAUUAUUUCCUAACAUGAGAGCAGAAUCACCCCAAGCCAUCAUUAAAUGACCCACAAGAUCCUUCAAUACAUGUUAUUUUUUUCUGUUUGUUUCUUGGAAGGAUGAUAUCAGUAUGUAUAUAGCAACGUCCUUUUUAAAAUAACUGGAUGGCUAGGAAGUCAGGCCACAGGGUACCUAGUUUUGUCAUUGUUUUGAAACCAGGCAUUUUCUUAAAAAAAAAAACCAAAUGAAUGAAUAAAUAAAUAAAAGAUACAAUUCAUUAUGGGUUUACCUUGUUUUGUAACUAUUUGAAUCAACUGAAUCUGUGUUCUUAGACAUUUUCUUGCCUAAUGCUUUUUAUGCAUAAGAUGCCAUAAUAAACAAAGCCACUAAAAUCACAUAAUAAUAUUGCACUUGUAAAUAAAGUACCAUUUUACUUCGACUUCU